AUGCGCGCUUGCAUCCGUGACGAUUCAGGGCCGCCCCCAGACGACGAGAGGAAAGGAGGAAGCGAGCGAGCGGCGGAGAGGAGAGGAGCAGCAGCCAUGGCGACCACUCUCUCGUUAUCUUCUCCCCUCUUCCUCGCCACUCCGCCCAGAGCUAGACAUGUGGUUUCAGCUGGUCCAUCAUGGAGCACUGCAAAUCUACCAUGCAAGGGGCAUUUUGCUGGUAUGAGGAGACAGGGCCGGAAGCAACACCGAAGCACACCAAUAGUAUCUCUGUUUGGGAGAAAGACCGCGAAGAAGACCACCAGAGAAACGGUCGUCCCGGACCCAGACUAUCGGUUACCGAUCGCUAUACUUGGGAUAUCUGGUGUGUUUGCAUAUGCAGACAAUCUUCUUGCCGCUGCACCUGUAGGCCUACUGGGGCUGCUUCUCUUGUUUCAGACUACUAGAGUUAGGUUCGUCUUUGAUGAUGAUUCCCUGGAAGUGAAAGUGGGCAAUCAGCUGCAGGAGUCAGGCGAAAACGUGUUUGUUGGUGGCAAGAACCGUUGGAAGUACUCAACAUUUGUGAACUGGGAACUAUGGUGGCCGCAAUUUCCUAUCCUAGUUUACUUCAAAGAGACCCAAACAAAACCCGAAGGCCAAAUUCAUUUCUUCCCAGUGAUUUUCAACGGCCGACAACUCUAUGAUAUCAUGGUGGAGCGCGCUGGAUCAUCGGAAACAAGUGGGCCUGGUCCUUGA